CUGCAGGACAAUGUGAGAGUGCAUCCACUUAUAGCAAAAGCAGCCAGGAUGGAACCACUGGGGAUCAUUUAACACCCUUUUUGUGUAGAUAAAAAUCACAAUAUAGUUGCAAAAACCCCUUGGAUUGAGUGACCCAGAGGAACCGGCUGCAGCAGCGAUGGGAGCUCUGCGCUGAGGCCGAGAAUAGAGCGCCUUGCUGGGCCACGACUAGGGAGAAAGAUGGGUGUCGUGCUGCGGAGCCUGUUGUUGUGUAGUUUCUGUUUUCUCAUACGAGGUGUACCGCUGCUGCUGUAUGCGAACCGGCGGGACCUCCGGCUGGUGGACGGCGCCCACGAGAAGGCCAACUCCACGGUGGUGGUGGGGGGGCUGGAGGACGCCGCCGCGGUGGACUACGUCUACGAUCAGGGCCUCAUCUACUGGAGCGACGUGAGCGAGGAGGCCAUCAAGCGCACCGUGUUCAACCAGUCGGGGGGCAGCGCCGUGCAGACGGUGGUGCCGGGCCUCGCCUCGCCCGACGGCAUCGCCUGUGACUGGCGGGGCCGGAAGCUGUACUGGACAGACUCAGAGACCAACCGCAUCGAGGUGUCGCAGCUGGACGGGACGCUGAGGAAGGUUCUGUUCUGGCAGGAGCUGGACCAGCCGCGCGCCAUCGCUCUGGACCCGGAACGAGGGUACAUGUACUGGACGGACUGGGGUGAGAUCCCGAAGAUCGAGCGGGCAGGGAUGGACGGUACGAACCGCUCGAUGAUCAUCGACAAAGAGAUCUAUUGGCCCAACGGCCUGACGCUGGAUUACGCUCAGCAGAAACUGUACUGGGCCGACGCCAAGCACAACUUUAUCCACCGAGCCAACAUGGACGGCUCCUCCAGGGAGGUGGUGGUGAAAGGGGAGCUCCCUCACCCGUUCGCCCUCACCCUCUACGAGGAGACGCUGUUCUGGACGGACUGGAACACGCACUCCAUACACUCCUGCAGGAAACAGACGGGGGAGGACCAGAGGGUCGUGCACUCAGACAUCUUCUCCCCCAUGGACAUCCACGUGUUCAGCGCCCACAGACAGAGCAUACUGGUCAGCAGCCCAUGCUCCGUGCAGAAUGGAGGCUGUUCCCACCUCUGCCUGCUCUCCCCUCUGAAGCCGUUCUAUCAGUGCGCCUGUCCCACCGGAGUCCAGCUUCUGCCCGACGACAAGACCUGCAGGGACGGAGCGACCCAGAUGCUGCUGCUGGCCCGGCGCACCGACCUGCGGCGGAUCUCCCUCGACAUGCCGGAUUUCACGGACAUCAUCCUGCAGGUGGAGGACAUCCGGCACGCCAUCGCCAUCGACUACGACCCGGUGGAGGGCUACGUGUACUGGACGGACGACGACGUGAAAGCGCUGCGCCGCUCGCUGCUGGACGGGUCGGACGCGCAGUUCGUGGUCACGUCGCAGGUCAACCACCCCGAUGGCAUCGCAGUGGACUGGGUGGCCCGGAACCUGUACUGGACCGACACCGGCACCGACCGCAUCGAAGUGACCCGGCUCAACGGCACCAUGCGCAAGAUCCUCAUCUCCGAGGACCUGGACGAGCCCCGGGCCAUUGUGCUGGACCCCGUCGCCGGCUACAUGUACUGGACCGACUGGGGCGAGGUGCCGAAGAUCGAGCGGGCGGACCUGGACGGGUUGGAGCGUCUGGUUCUGGUCAACACGUCGCUGGGCUGGCCCAACGGACUCGCGCUCGACUACGAGGAGCGCAAACUGUACUGGGGGGACGCCAAGACCGACAAGAUCGAGGUGAUGAACAUGGACGGCUCGGGGCGGCAGGUUCUGGUGGAGGAUAAGCUCCCCCACAUUUUCGGCUUCACGCUGCUGGGAGACUUCAUCUACUGGACGGACUGGCAGCGGCGCAGCAUCGAGCGCGUCCACAAGCGCACAGCGGAGCGAGAGGUCAUCAUCGACCAGCUGCCCGACCUCAUGGGGCUGAAGGCCGCCAGCGUGCACCAGGUCUCAGGAACGAACGCGUGUGCGGAGGGUAACGGCGGCUGCAGUCACCUCUGCCUCUUCACGCCCCGGGGCGUUCAGUGCGGCUGCCCCAUCGGCCUGGAGCUCGUCUCCGACAUGCGGACCUGCAUCGUCCCCGAAGCCUUCCUGCUCUUCUCCCGGCACACCGACAUCCGCCGCAUCUCCCUGGAGACCAACAACAACAACGUGGCCAUCCCGCUCACCGGCGUCAAGGAGGCGUCCGCGCUCGACUUUGACGUUACCGACAACCGCAUCUACUGGACCGACAUCACGCUCAAGACGAUCAGCCGGGCCUUCAUGAACGGCUCGGCUCUGGAGCACGUGGUGGAGUUCGGGCUGGACUACCCCGAGGGGAUGGCGGUGGACUGGCUGGGGAAGAACCUGUACUGGGCCGACACCGGAACCAACCGCAUCGAGGUGGCCAAGCUGGACGGGCAGCACCGGCAGGUCCUGGUGUGGAAAGACCUGGACAGCCCCAGGGCCCUGGCUCUGGACCCGGCUGAAGGGUACAUGUACUGGACGGAGUGGCGGGGGAAGCCUAAGAUCGACCGGGCCGCGAUGGACGGGACGGGCCGCCUCACGCUGGUGGCCGAUGUCGGCCGAGCCAACGGACUCACCAUCGACUACGCCGAGCGGCGGCUCUACUGGACCGACCUCGACACGGCGCUCAUCGAGUCCUCCAACAUGCUGGGUGAGGACCGGGAGGUGAUCGCUGACGACCUGCCUCACCCGUUCGGACUCACCCAGUACCAGGACUACAUCUACUGGACGGACUGGAGCCAGCGCAGCAUCGAGCGCGCCAACAAGACCAGCGGCCAGAACCGCACCGUCAUCCAGGGCCACCUGGACUACGUCAUGGACAUCCUGGUCUUCCACUCGUCCCGGCAGGGAGGCUGGAACGCCUGCGCCUCCACCAACGGGCACUGCUCUCACCUGUGCCUCGCCGUGCCAAUCAGCGGCUUCGUCUGCGGAUGCCCCGCCCACUUCCUGCUCAACGGAGACAACAAGACCUGCAGUGCCCCCACCUCCUUCCUGCUGUUCAGCCAGAAGACAGCCAUUAACCGGAUGGUGAUGGACGAGCAGCAGAGCCCCGACAUCAUCCUGCCCAUCCACAGCCUGAGGAACGUCCGGGCCAUUGACUACGACCCGCUGGACAAGCAGCUGUACUGGAUCGACUCCAAGCAGAGCGUGAUCCGCCGGGCCACGGAGGAUGGGAACCAGAGCAUGACGGUGGUGUCCAGCCCGCUGCACGGUCCUGGUCCUGGUUCGGGUCUGCAGCUGUACGACCUAAGCAUCGACGUGUUCAGCCGCUUCAUCUACUGGACCAGCGAAGUCACCAACGUCAUCAACGUCACCCGGACAGACGGCAGCCGGGUCGGGGUGGUUCUGAGGGGGGAGAGCGACAAACCCAGAGCCAUCGUCGUCAACCCAGAGAGAGGGUACAUGUACUUCACCAACCUGCAGGACCGCUCCCCUAAGAUCGAGCGGGCGGCUCUGGACGGGACGGAGAGGGAGGUUCUGUUCUUCAGCGGUCUGGGGAAGCCCGUGGCUCUGGCCGUGGAUAACGAGCUGGGGAAACUGUUCUGGGUAGACUCGGACCUGAGGAGGAUCGAGAGCAGCGACCUCUCCGGAGCGAACCGCAUCGUGAUGGCCGACUCCAACAUCCUGCAGCCGGUCGGCCUGACCGUGUUUGGAGGACACCUGUACUGGAUCGACAAGCAGCAGCAGAUGAUCGAGAGGAUCGACAAGACCACUAGGGAGGGCCGGACCAAGAUCCAGGCCCGCAUCGCCUACCUGAGCGACAUCCACGCCGUGCACGAGCUCGACAUGAGGGAGUACAGUAAACACCCGUGCACCUGGGAAAACGGUGGCUGCUCCCACAUCUGCAUCGUGAAGGGAGACGGGACGACCAGGUGCUCCUGUCCGGUUCACCUGGUGCUGCUGCAGGAUGAGCUCUCCUGUGGAGAGCCUCCCACCUGCUCCCCAGAACAGUUCUCCUGCACCUCGGGGGAGGUGGACUGCAUCCCCCAAACGUGGCGCUGCGACGGUUUCCCCGAGUGUGACGACAGCAGCGACGAGCAGAACUGCCCCGUCUGCUCCGAGGACGAGUUCCAGUGCGACAGCAGGCAGUGCGUCGGCCUCAGCCUCAGGUGCAACGGAGAGAAGGACUGCCAGGACGGCUCCGACGAGAGGGACUGUGAAGUGCGCUGCCCCCCCGACCAGUUCUCCUGCUCUAACGGUCAGUGCAUCGGGAAACACAAGAAGUGCGAUCACAACACGGACUGCUCCGACAACUCGGACGAGAUCGGCUGCUACCCCACGGAAGAGCCCCCCCCUCCCUCCAACAACACCAUCGUGUCGAUCGUGGGCGUAGUGAUGUCACUGUUCGUGGUCGGAGCCGUGUACUUCGUCUGUCAGCGAGUCCUCUGUCCUCAGCUGAAGGACGACGGAGAGACGGUCACCAACGACUUCGUGGUGACAGGACCCUCGUCUGUCCCGCUGGGAUACGUCCCGCACCCGGGGUCCUUGACCAGCUCCUUGCCAGGUAUGUCCAGAGGGAAAUCAGUGAUUGGCUCUCUGAGUAUUAUGGGAGGCAGCAGUGGGCCUCCGUACGACCGAGCUCACGUCACCGGAGCAUCGUCCAGCAGCUCGUCCAGCACCAAAGGGACAUACUUUCCCCCGAUCCUGAACCCUCCUCCGUCUCCGGCUACAGUCCGCUCUCAGUACACCAUGGAGUUUGGGUAUUCCUCCAACAGCCCCUCCACCCACCGGUCCUACAGCUACAGGCCUUACACCUACCGUCACUUCGCCCCCCCCACCACCCCCUGCAGCACGGACGUCUGCGACAGCGACUACACCCCGGCCCGCCGCGCCCCGCUGAAGUGUGCUAACGGAGGAGCUCACGUGGCUAACGGAGGAGCUAAAGGCUACAACAGCGACCUGAACUACGACUCGGAGCCCCUUCCCCCUCCGCCCACCCCCCGCAGCCAGUACCUGUCGGCGGAGGAAAACUGCGAGAGCUGCCCCCCCUCCCCCUUCACCGAGCGCAGCUACUCCCAUCACCUGUACCCGCCCCCACCCUCGCCCUGCACCGACUCCUCCUGAAACCCCCUUACAAUGCCCCCCCCCACUGUAAAUAGCAAUUGUGCAUAAUAUGAGGCUGAGACGGAGGAGCAUUUGUACAUUGAAGAGAAAAAUGAUAUUUAUAUAUUUUCUAUACGGUUACUGACGAACACAGAUUUGUAUUCUGACAUUUGUACAUUUUUUAAAAAGAAAAAGGUUUUAUUAUUCAAAUCGUCUCAAAUACGCUAUGCCUUAAAGCGGGAGGACGACAGGCAGAAGGACAGACAGGUUACAGACACACAGACAGGUUACAGACACACAGACAGGUUACUGACACACAGACAGGUUACAGACACAGGUUACAGACACACAGACAGGUUACAGACACAGACUGGUUACAGACACAGACUGGUUAUAGACACACAGGUCACAGACAGGUUACAGACACACAGACAGGUUACUGACACACAGACAGGUUACAGACACAGGUUACAGACACACAGACAGGUUACUGACACACAGACAGGUUACAGACACACAGACAGGUUACAGACACACAGACAGGUUACAGACACACAGACAGGUUACAGACACACAGACAGCUUACAGAAACACAGACAGGUUACAGACACAGGUUACAGACACACAGACAGGUUACAGACACACAGACAGGUUACUGACACACACACAGGUUACAGACACAGGUUACAGACACAGGUACAGACAGGUUACAGACACACAGACAGGUUACAGACACAGACUGGUUAUAGACACACAGGUCACAGACAGGUUACAGACACACAGACAGGUUACAGACACAGACAGGUCACAGACAGGUUACAGACACACAGACAGGUUACAGACACACAGACAGGUUACAGACACACAGACAAGUUACAGACACACAGAGAGGUUACAGACACACAGACAGGUUACAGACACACAGACAAGUUACAGACACACAGACAGCUUACAGAAACACAGACAGGUUACAGACAGACGGUUUAUCUGAUGCCAAAAAUCACAACCAACAUAACAAGAAUCAGUCGUGUGAUCAAUCAGGCAGCAAUAACACUAACGAGGCUCAUAUUCACUAACGAGAUGUAGACCCUACGGAGGCCCUGAGGGGACAAAACUCAAAGAGGACAAUCGACUUCUGUUUUUGUGGAGCCUUUUUCUGUUGCUCUUGUUCCCUGCGGGCUGUUAAAUAAACUACAGAGCCGGGCAAGAGGGUUCAAAUCAGAUGACAGUUCUUAUUGAUUUCCAAAUUUUAUCCAAGAAUCGAUUUUUUUGUUGCAAAAUUGAAAGAAUAUCAAUUCUCAUUAAUUUACCACUUUGUCAUCAUGACGCAAAUCUCAAAUAAUUUAUUUAAAAAUUGUUCAAAUUUAUAAUUUCAAUUGAAAUUCUUUCAAUCUAUUAUUUAUUUUUUUGAGAAUAUGAACACAAUUCCAAUUAAUUCAUCAUCAAUUUUAGUCAGAGAUGUAUGUUUUAAUGUAACCCUCAUUUCCUGGCGCUGUAAUUUAACUCUUAUAUAUGUUUCGUCACUAAUCAGGCGCUUUAGGGCCUCCGUACGACGACUCAAACACAACGCUAAAUGUUAAAAAUCAGGCAUCACAUGAUCUCUCCAAUCAUUCUGAGGACGGGAUUGAAUACCAAACCGUAUGCGUGCUCUUUCACGUGUUCGUGCGUGUCCCACCCUUUUCUGUUUCCCCCGUGAACACGACCUUGUGCCUGACAGUUCCACAUCUUUCUUUUUUUGUGACGUUGUUGUUACUUUGAGGAUCACACACACACACACACACACACACACACACACACACACACCGGAAUCCAGUGCCCACUAAAUGCUAUAUAGUAUUUUUGUACCACAUAUUGUGUAGAUAUCGUAUUUAUAAGCUAUAUAGAGAAAUCAUUGUAAAUCUAUCCAUCGCAGUACUUUCCAUUCCGUCUUUUUUAUAUUGCCUCAUUAUAUUUUUCUACAGAGUCUCACUCCAAACGUACGGCGACAAUCUCAGACCCGAACAUAUCCAGGUUUCUGUGCCAAAAUAAAACCUGUAUUUUUCUUUAACGAAGGCAGACGUUGGGACCACAAGAAGAUCAUUCAUUAACAAUCAUACGUUUUAUUUCAUGAAUCUGUUUCAUGUGUUUGUGCUUCUCGUGACGACCAGAAAUAUAUUUUUGGAGAGUUUACUCGUCCAAAUGUUUGUAGAUUGUUUAAAAAAAACACACACACCAGCAUGAAUCUGACAAUCUUAGUGUUUUACAUCAUCAUCAUCAUCAUCAUCAUCAUCAUCAUCAUCUGUCUUAAUGAGACACUUUCCUGUAUCUCUUCACUGAAUAUUCUGCAAAGUUUAGUGCAUUUCUAAAGAUAUUUGUAAAAAGACAAAAUCUUAAAAGAUCACAUUUUGAUCUUUUAUAUAAAACGAAGUCUUUGAAAAGAGUAGUGGUGUUCAGAGCUCGGUGUCUCAAAGGAAAAACGAACUGAAUUUAGUUUUGAUACCAUGGACUCCUUUUGGUAAUUUACAUGAAGAAAAAAAACUAAAUACAUUUAUAAUUAUUUCUAUAUAUUCCCUUUUGAUACCCAGCUCUAAUGUCCACUCUUUUGAAAAGCUGAAUUGUUGAAGAUAAUUUGGUGCAAAAGUUUUUGUUUUUUUCCAGAUUUAUUAACUUUUUUUGGUGGAUUUAUUUUUUAUUUGGCUAGAAAAUGUUGUCUUGGGAUAAAAAAAUCCCUAAUUACGCAGAUACUAAGGUUUGCUUUAUAGCUGGAUAAAUGGAAUAAUUCCCCCAGAUUUUUACUUUACUGAAUUCUUGGCAUCCCGCUGCCUCCGUAUAUCUGUGGUACCUUUUUUACAUACUGAAAAAUAUUUAGUUUUGGAGACGUUCUCAUUCUCUGACUGCACUUUACAGGAUGUUUCUUCGUUUAUCUGGUUUCUGGUACAAACUUCAGUCAAAGUUGAUAAAGGACGUUUUUGGUUGGUUUAGAGGAGUCCAAACAAAGACGGCUGACGGGGGAAAAGGAGAGUUUUAGGGAAGAAGCAAAGCUUUCUAAAUUAAAGGCGUGAAAUAAGAACGUUUGUAACAUUCAGUAAUGACUUUUAAAGGGUUGGGUAUCACUUUAUAUUUUCAGUUACUAACUAAAUCUUAAUUUUCCUUAAUGAAAUUUAAACACUUAUUUCUACAAAACAAACGAACUCAAGAAAAACUGAAACAGGAAUAUAUUAUAAUUCUUUCCUCGUUUUUUGUUUGUUUUUUCAGGAAAUGUACCACUGUCAUUAAGAUACAUUUCACUCCCUUCACACAACGUCUCUUGUUAUGAUACCCAGUCUUUUAACAGGAUUUACAAUAAAACGCUAAACUUCAGAUUAAUAAUGUCAACACUAAACUGUUUUUUCCUUCUCCAAGUUCUGGCUGACUUUGUACAGGUCGUGACAAACGUGGUGAUGAAAGGUCAAAGAAAGUGGAAAUGUAAAAAGUUCGAUCGUCUUUUUGUCUAAGCACUUUUGUCUCCAGGUUUUAACGGAGGUCGGACACGAAAACAGAAGUUGUUUAUUUUUGUCUGUUUUCCUUUGUUCUCAUGGUGCUCUGUACGUUUAAUUUCCACUAACUGUACGUUUUUAUACGGCGACGCUUCUGGCCCGCCGCAGAAUCUGUAUCCAUUGUUGAGUCUUUUUCUUUUGUUAAAUAUAAAUUGAGUGAACUUUUAAAAA